AUGAGCGACCUCAGCAAAAACGACAUCGAAAGGGCAUCUUUCGCCUUCUCCAUCUACGACUUCGAUGGCAGCGGCAAAGUUGAUGCCACCAACCUGGGUGAUGUCUUGAGGGCGCUCAACUCAAACCCCACACUGGCUACGGUCGAGAAACUCGGCGGUACAAAGAAGAAGGGCGAGAAGAUGCUUACGGUUGAAGAGUUCCUUCCCAUCUACGCCCAGUGCAAGAAAGACAAAGACCAGGGCGUCUAUGAAGACUUCUUAGAAUGUCUUAAAUUGUACGACAAGAACGAGAACGGUUUAAUGCUUGGCGCUGAACUUACACACACACUCCUGGCUUUAGGUGAGAAGCUGAGUGAUGAUGAAGUAGCGGAAGUCGUAAAGGACUGCAUGGAUCCCGAAGACGACGACGGCAUGAUCCCAUAUGCGUCAUUCCUGAAAAAGGUGAUGGCGUAA